UCCGUCACCACUGUUGAUACUUACAUCCUGAAUCCUGGAGCGCUUCUAAGCUGCUCUGCGUCACCAUCGAGUCAGAGCUCUAUGGACAUAAAGAACUGAGUGUGUUUUCGCGUCUCUACUUGCGACUUGAUACCGAAGCAUCAGGGCCGCUCAGCAUGGCUGUGGCUAAAGCUGUGGUGCCCUCCGUGACAUCGUUCCCGAGUGUCCACAUCAUGGAGGAGAAACACUUUGACAACCUGUGCAAGGUGGAUGAGUGUGUGCGCAACAGCGCAACAGGUGGCGCAGGCAACCCGCUGAUUGAAGUAGAGUUCAGUAUCGUGCAGUCUCCCGCUUUGCCUCCCAAAGACGACGACGAGCUGGGGAAGUUCUUGGACCUCGAGUUCAUUUUAUCCAACUCCAUAGAGUCCGAUGUUGUGAGCAACAGCAGCGUGUCUCCUCCUCAGGCGCAGCGACACUGCGCGUAUUCGCUGCCGGAGUCUCCGGAGAGCUGCGGUUCAGUCCCGGACUGCAGCGACCAUCCCUCGCCUCACGUGGCCGCGCAGAAUUACCGCGCCACCGCGAGCUUCACGGUCUCCACGCCGGUGCGCAGCCUCAUGGCGGAGCUUCUCACGCCUGACAUGAGCUACCCGGGGGAGGCUUCACCGGACAGCACAGGUACAACGAGAGACAGCCGGGAGUACACCGAGCUGCGAUCGUUGAAUCCCGUCGCCAUUCCGACUUCUCCUGCUCACCAUCGAGUGGCCAACGCUCCUCCGCCAGUUGGAUACAAAAUUAAAAACGAGCCUGUCGAUCAGUCUUGUAUGAUGGCGGCUGUUGCUGCAGGUGGAGACUUUAUGGGACAAGUGUUUGAGAAGCAGCAGAUCAUCAACGUGCACCCUGCAGCUUUUACGCACCACCACGCCGCUGUUCCCAUUGCCUUGUCUGGGUACGGCGCGCACCACAUGCACCAGCACGCUGUCCCCCAGGAACACAUGGACUGUCAUCUGACGCAGAUGAACUCACAUCCUCACCACCAUCAACACCAUCAUCACCAGAGCCAGUUCAUGAACGCACCGUACCAGGCGCAGUUCACGCACCAGAGAGUGCCAGCGUUCCACGGACAGUACAACAUGCACAGUGAGCCGGUGCGCGUUCACCAGCAGCACCAUCCAGCCUCCAUGCAGGGAAUGAUGCUCACUCCGCCCUCGUCGCCCUCACUGCUGGAGUUUUACGCGCAAGAAGACGUGGGUAGCACUAAACAAAAGCGAGGCCGCAGGUCGUGGGCGAGAAAACGCGCAGCGACGCACAACUGCGAGUUCCCCGGCUGUGGGAAGACUUACACUAAGAGCUCCCACCUCAAAGCCCACAUGCGGACACACACAGGUGAAAAGCCCUACCACUGUAACUGGGAAGGCUGUGGCUGGAAGUUUGCGAGGUCAGAUGAGCUGACCCGUCACUUCAGGAAACACACGGGACACAGGCCUUUUCAGUGUCACCUCUGUGAGCGUGCCUUCUCCCGCUCUGAUCACCUGGCUCUGCACAUGAAGAGGCACAUGUAGUCCACACUGCGUGUCACGGACAUGGUUUUUGUGCCCACUCUCCUUUUGUGGAGUCAUGGUCAGAAUUCUGCCCCUCAGAAAGUGUGUGAAGUGCCUUUGGCUGAGCAACCUUAUCAAACCAAUGUACUCUUAUAGGAACAAGUGCCUCCAUGAAAUAGGUAUUUUUGAACCCGUCUGUGCAUAUAUGAAUAUUUUUUUUGGCUAUAAGUUAUAGUAGUUUUGAUUAUUUAAGACUUUUCCACACCCUGUCUUUUAAAUAACUUAUUGAUUAUUGGUGAGAACCUUGACUAAGACUGUGCGUCUGCUUCCCAAAGGGGGUAAAACUCACUGUGGGCAGGUCCCACUGUACAUAUGUGUAAAGUAUUUUUGUAAUGUUUACAUACAUCUUUGAUAUUGCUUCAGUGAGGUCAGGGUUUUAAAAGUCUAAUUGUAUUAUUCCAGUUUUUAUACACAGCAUAUUUUUUUAUAGUAUCACUGUCGAUGCUUAUAAAAUUCUCUCGUUUUGUGUCGGUCAGGACAAAACAUUCAGGUAGAAGCAUCCAAUCAAAUCAUAACAUGACUCUUCUUUUUUUUUGGUGACUCAACACUUUGUAUUUUUUGCCAUGGAAUGUUUGUUUUUAACGAAUGAAGUAAUCCCUUUCAUCAAACCCUGUACUGGAAUAAGAAUGCAGUUUUUAUUUACUCAAGAGCUGAAAAUAAAAUUAAUUUUGCAAAUA